CCCCUAGCGGUCCCUUACAGCUGUCCCUGUAUUCGAGGGGCAGCACCCGCGCCCUCACGACCCUCCCUGUGCCUAUGGACGCCCGGAAGGACCCACAGGUAUUCACUUUCACCUGUGGGAACGUGGUGCAUGGCGGUGACCACUUCGUCAGGUUGGAGGGAGACGACGGGCGCGUGUUUGGCAGAGAGUGGCCUGGUGAGUGUACGUUGGCCUAUGCUUGUCGUGCACACGCCCCCCAGAAUGGAAACGUACACAUCACACGUACACAUGAGAUUCCAGUUCACCAAGUCCAUAUGCUUUAGAAAAACUGCUGUCACUUUCAAAACAUACGCUCUCCUUCUCUACCACGGCGUUCCUAUAGGAGAAACACCCACAUACACCUUCCACCAGCCUUACAUGCCCAUACCCCUACCCACGCCGCCCACCAUACGCCCCAGGUUACCCCCGUGGAAAUUUCGCACGCAUAGACCUGGUGGUGGGUUAGCUUGGUGGAAGAGGAGGAGGAGGAGGAGAAACCAGGAGAUAUUGGCAUUGCGAAAGAUGAAGAGGAAAGCGAGAAGACUUGAGAGGAGGAGUAAGAGGAAGCGGAGGGAGAAAGUGGAUGCGUUUGAACUUUACUGGAGGUGGAAGAUGCGGCUGGCUGGUAUAGGGACGAGUGAGGAAAGGAGGAGAAGGGAAGCGGAGGAAGGAAGUGAAGGAAGUGAAGGAAGACACCAAGAUCUAAUCCUGAAAGAGAGAGGUCUGCGAGAAACAGGGGAGGGAAAAUUGGAGGUAAUCCCGAAAUGGAGGAGGGAGGGAGAGGCGGGAGAAACGAGGGAAGAGGGAGAGACAGCACUGCGAAUAGAGAGCGAGAACACGAGACUGCACAUGCGGAGAGAACGAGUAACAAGCAAAGAAACGAGAGACACUGGGGACAUUGAGAGACUGGAGUGGCGGAACAGAAGAGGCAGGGAAAGACAACAACAUCGAACUCACACAAUAAGCAACACCGAACUCGAUUCAAAACCCGCAAUAGGGGAUAUUGUCGAGGCAACAUCCCAGGAGCCUUCCUUCGCCUGGGGGGGCAACGCAACCAUCCAGGGGGUAAGACAGCUCCUCGGGCUCUACUCUAACAACCACACCCUGGUCUUCCCCUGUGACGCCCUUGCCCCGGCAGGCUUCUACAGUGUUCGCCUGGUCGCUCCUGAACUCGCGACAGAGAGCGCCAGGCUGAUUGUGUCCUCCAUGUGGUUCCAGGUGGACUGGAGUGCCGAGUUCGCUAUACAGGUGAACAGGGCCAGCAUACAGCCUUGCUACACACACUUGAAAGUGAGUGUGAGCUACCCAUACUGCACUGCUAAGAAGGAAAUGGACAAGGUGCGGGUGUAUGCACGCCUGCCCGCUAACGUCACUUCCGCUAACAGACCUGUAGUGGAAAGAUACGUGUCAGAGGUACCAGUGAAGCAGAACGAGAAACACGUUCGCUUCGACUGCAAUGUGUUCGAGAGAGAGGCGACUGAGUAUUGCUUCGUGUACGUAAACACUGCUCGAACUAAUGUCACCUCUAUAGUUCGUCGCCAGUGUGUCCCUUACUACAAGCCGAAUGCACUGCGGCAGGACGGCCAGUGGGGGACCUGGAGCGCCUGGACGCCUUGCACUACCCUGUGUGACGCCGAGGGGAGAGAGAGCAGGGCGGGCCAGCGACAAAGACACCGUUUUUGUGACUCCCCGCCGCCACGCAAUGGAGGACGGUACUGCCAGGGGUCGUCGCUGGAGGAGGAGUCGCACCCCCCGGCAAAACACGUGGAGGCACAAGUGAAGUAUGCGUGGCUUCGUCCAGGCGGGCAGUGGUUAAAGCUCCGUGAUGGCAACAGUUCCGCGGCACCCCUCCUAGUCCUGCUCCCCGCCGCGCCGCGCCGCCCCGCCCUCGCCCGCCCCGCGCCUCGCAGCCCGGCCCACGCGUCCCCCAGGGUCUCCACCGGGUCUGUUCUACUGCUGGAAUUCCACUCCGACGUGAACACCACCAUGGGCAAGCCCCAACCCCGCCAAGUGGGGCUUCGAGCUGACGGCCAUUCCCAGUCAGUGUCAGGUGACGGCGACAAGGGGCUGGGCGUGAGUGGGGCGGGCCGCGAGGUGAGCGGGCAGUACCUGCUGGAGGGUAUGCACGUGGCGGCUUUGGUGUUCGUGGCGCUGCUGUUGGUGGCGGUGGUGGUGCUGGCGGUGAUCCACUGGCGCCACUACCGUCUGUACCAGCGGGCGCGCCUCGUCCCAGAGUCGCCUUACGUCACACCGCCUGGCUCGCCCUCCAAGGCCACCACCGCCACCGCCCUUGCCUCCACGCUCACGCUCAGCGAAGUCAUCUCCCUUAAAUCCCUGGUGCUGCGGCCUUGCCUGCCCGUAUCGCUGCCCCUGCGGCGACGCGGCGCCCCCGCUCUGCCGUCCUCGCAGGAUACGGAGCCGCUGUGCAGCGCGGCGCGUCAUUCGCUACCCAACUCGCCCUUCCUGACGCGCCGCGCCGCCACGCCCUCAAUGCUGCGCCGCUCCUCCUCCCAGAUGAGCCGUCUGCUGCGGCGCGGCAGCGGCACGUUUCGGCGCAAGCGGCGGCGCUUCGCUUCAGUGGAUGAGCUGGAGACGCGCUGCAUUUCACCCAUCAGCGAGAUGCAGCGGGAAGACGAGGCGGACAGCAGCAAGGAAAUGCAGGGGCGGCGGGAGGACGAGGCGGAAGUGAAGUACCGCGAGCACCGCAAGUCUGUGAUGCAGCGCGAGCCGCGCCUCACGCCUAAGCUGGCCAAGGAUCGCCUUAACCACGAGCGUGUGCGGCGCUCCUUGCUGUCCCGCUCCACCUCGGCGGCCACCGUGCGCCACUCGUCAUCCGUGUCAGACGUGUCCGUCAACGGCACCGACACCGAGAUGGAGUACGACUACUACGACUACGACAUGGACAACGCCUCGGCCGUGCCGGGCUCGCUGUUCGGCAUGGACCCGCUGCUGCUGGCGUGGGUGCCACCCUUCUUCACCGGCCCCGACGGCGUCACGCCCACCCACGACGCCAUUCCCCUGGAGAUGCUGAGCCUGCAGCAGGUGCUGCCCAGCCCCCCCGAGGCACCCCCACGGCCCACAGCGCUGCCGCUCCCCAAUCUCAACAUCCCCAACACCCCCGCGCCGCCCAGCGACGCGCCCAUGCAGACCAGCUUGCUGUCCGAGGAGGCCAACGACCGCGUUGAGCUGCAACAGGAGGUGCAGGAAGAGGAGGAUUUGUCCCACUCCUCCACAACGCCCUUUGAAGAUGACUCCACGCCUACCGCCACCACCUGCAGCAAGAUCCUCAACCUAGAUGAUAUCCAGUUUGCCGAUGACUCAGACUCAGCUGAGGAGCUCUAGGGCACCCCCCACCCCCGCCAACCCUCUCCCACCCAUGUGCGUGCGUAUGCGUGUGUGCGUGCAAGACACGGGAGAGUCACAGCAAAGAAAAGACCAAGCAGUGCAGUACAUGCCUUGAGGUUGGUCUUGUCCAGCCGCCCGCUGUUUUGUUUACAUCGUGUUCUCGGGAAGAGAGUUGUGAAAGACGUAGUUUCCGAAGGCAGAAAAGUUAAUGCUGGAGCUAGUGAGGGAACGUCAUCUCUGGGAUACGACACGCUCUAC